AUGCAAAUAUAUCAGUUCCACUGCGGAAGUCAUAGUAGAAAGAUCAAAAUGUUAGCUAGAAUUCUUAUUCUUGCUGUUGCUGUAGAAGUUACAUUGUGUUUGGAGCACGGCUAUCAGCUAAAAACUGCAGUGCAACAUGAAGAUCAACCUCAUCAAUCGGAACCACAAGAAUACCAGCAGGAAUCGCCUCAAGUCAAAGAUGUUCACUACCAAGCAGCAAUCGAAAGCCACCAACAUGGUUACCCAUCACAAAGUAUCGAGUAUCAGUCUGCCGAACAACAAGAACCUCAAGUAAACACCGAACAUGCUGCAUCAGUUUAUAAUUAUGCUCCGACGCAACAGCAUGCAGCAUCUCAGCAUAGUGCUGAAGCCAUUCGUUAUGUACCUGUACAGCAUGAAAGUCCAGCAGUUCAAAUUCCAGAACACAGAUUAGAAGUGCAAUCAUCGCAAGGACAUGUACAGCAUCAACAAGAAGCUCAGCUGCAUCACGUGCCUGUGUACCAGCACGCUAAACACUAUUCUCACGAUGAGCAUGUAGACUAUUACGCGCAUCCAAAAUACCAAUAUGAGUACAAAGUAGAUGACCCUCACACAGGAGAUAAUAAGUUUCAACAAGAGGUUCGAGAUGGUGAUGUUGUGAAGGGCGUUUAUUCCUUCCUUGAAGCGGACGGAUCCAUCAGGACUGUGGAAUAUACUUCCGAUAAAGUCAAUGGAUUUAAUGCGGUCGUCAAACAUACCCCUCCCACACAACAUGUGCAUAUACAACAAAAUCAUCAUCAGUAA